AUGUCGCAGUUGGCCCUUUGCCUGGCAGCCGGCGCCGUUGCGCUGCUGGCCCGCUUCAGCCCCGCCGCCUUUGCUCCAGCAGGCUUUCAGGUGCAGUCUGGUCUUCAGCAGCCUUCGCUUGGCGCGGGCCUGGGUGCCAGCACUGAUGCGCCGCGGUCCUUCGGUGCGAUGGCUGGCAUGGCGGUUGCCGGCGCUGCCAUUGGCGCAGCCGCAGGCGCAGCAGGCAGAUGCCAGAAGAGUGCCAGCCUGUUGGCUCGCCGCUCCCAUGCUGUGAAGAUCUAUGACACCUGCAUCGGCUGCACGCUCUGCGUCCGUGCAUGCCCCACCGACGUCCUGGAGAUGGUGCCGGCCACCAUCAAUGCCGCCAAGCAGGUGGCCUCUUCCCCGCGAGUGGAGGACUGCGUGGGCUGCAAGCGCUGCGAGACGGCCUGCCCCACCGACUUCCUGAGCAUCCGUGUGUACCUGCAGGACACAUGUAAAGUUGGCCCCUUUGCUUGCCACGGCGAUGAGAACGAGGAGACGCAGUACAGCUUGGGCUUGGACUUGGUGGCUUCUCCGCAGCAGGCCCGGUGUAGCUCAGCCAUGUCGCAGUUGGCCCUUUGCCUGGCAGCCGGCGCCGUUGCGCUGCUGGCCCGCUUCAGCCCCGCCGCCUUUGCUCCAGCAGGCUUUCAGGUGCAGUCUGGUCUUCAGCAGCCUUCGCUUGGCGCGGGCCUGGGUGCCAGCACUGAUGCACCGCGGUCCUUCGGUGCGAUGGCUGGCAUGGCGGUUGCCGGCGCUGCCAUUGGCGCAGCCGCAGGCGCAGCAGGCAGAUGCCAGAAGAGUGCCAGCCUGUUGGCUCGCCGCUCCCAUGCUGUGAAGAUCUAUGACACCUGCAUCGGCUGCACGCUCUGCGUCCGUGCAUGCCCCACCGACGUCCUGGAGAUGGUGCCGGCCACCAUCAAUGCCGCCAAGCAGGUGGCCUCUUCCCCGCGAGUGGAGGACUGCGUGGGCUGCAAGCGCUGCGAGACGGCCUGCCCCACCGACUUCCUGAGCAUCCGUGUGUACCUGCAGGAGAACGAGGAGACGCAGUACAGCUUGGGCUUGGACUUGGUGGACUGGUCGUCGUGA